AUCUCCUGUGCCUGUGCCAUUGGGAGUCCUGCAAGCUGGCUAUAGGCUGGCACACAUGAGGCCUAGGAUGCAAUGGGGUGGUGGGAAGGGUGUGUGUUUCUGGUCGCCUGUGCAGUUUUCAGCCCCCUCGGAACCACCCACCGAGAGCAGCCUGCUCCGAACCCAUCUAGCAGCACAUCCGCCCUCCGGUCCUCAUUCUGGUUCCGCAUUCUUCCCAGGACCUAGGGUAGGAACCGGUUGGGGGCUGGGCUCACUUUCCGACUCCCGGCGCCAACCCCGGCGCUCUGCAGUGAGGCCAUAACGCACCUAGGUGGAGCCCGACCCGCAGUUUUCUACUGGACCAGCCCCACCUGACCCGCCGGCACACCAGACGGGGGCGCUGCAGGGCGGCCGGGUCCCCGGGGUCCCCUCCGCGGCCCAGUGCGCAUCGGCAGCUCGGCGGCCCGGGCGCUGCACAGACGGCGGCAGGCGCGGGCCACAGUCCGAGGCAGCGCGGCCUGGCCGCCUGGGCCGACCGAAACCCACGCCGCGCUCCCGUUCCCGCCGCAGCUCGCAGGGACUCCGAGCCGAGCGGCGGGCGCGCGCCACCAGCACCGGAGCAGCGGCGUCCCGCGGGCGGCGAGGCGCGCAGCGUCUCCGGCCCCACCUGUCGGCGCGGCCACCCUCAGCGUCGCCCCCGGCGUCCCCAGCCAGCGCGGGCGGCUCGCGGCAGCGCUGGGCCCGGUCUCGUCCGGGCUGCGGCGGCGGAGGCGCGCUCUCUCCCGGCUGGGCGCGGAGGCCGGCACCGUCCCGGGCGAGGGGACCGGCCCGGCGGUUCCGGGCCGUGCAAGUUGGACUGCGGCGGACUCGGCCCGGCCGUGCGGGCCCCGGCGGCGGCGAUGGUGCUGCAGCUCCGCGAGCGGUGCGCAGCCCCGGCCCUGAGGCUGGUUCUGCGCGGCGGCGGCAGCGGCGGUGGAGCAGCCCCCUAAGCCCCCCGCCGGGGUGAGAGCGGGCAGCUGCGGCGGCGGAGCCCGGGAAGGCGGCGGCGGCGGCAGAGCAGCGAAGGAAGGCGACGCCGAUCUCUGGCGCGGGGCUACAGACGACCAUCGCCGGGGCCGCGCCGGACCCCCCAAGCCCGCCGGGCCGUUGCGCAAUCCGCGGCCGGUCUGGGCCCUGCUGGCGGCGCGGCUCCGGGGGCGGCGGCGGGGCUGAUUCAUGGGGCCGCGGCGGCCAGUCCCCCGCGCCCGGGCCCCCGGCGCCCCGCAGCGCGCGAUGGUGGCCGAGUGGCCGGAGCCGCGGCCGCCGCGGCCCGAGACUUUCUGCUAACCUCCCCGCCCCCUCCCGCCCCCUCCCCGGAGCCCUCCCCCGCGUCGUCCCCUCCCCCUGCCCAAAAGACACAGAUCGCCUCCCGGAGUGGCGCCUCCAGUCGCGGCGGAGCGCGGCGUUGGCGGCGGAUGGAGGGCGCGAUCGGGCGGCCGCGGCGGCUGCACCCAGCGGGGCGCUGAUGCGGCGCCUGGACCUUCGCUGCGCGACUUCGGGGGCGUCGGCCGAGUUGGCACUCCGCGAUGCAGCUCCUGAAGGCUCUCUGGGCACUCGCAGGGGCUGCGCUCUGCUGCUUCCUCGUCCUGGUGAUUCACGCGCAGUUCCUCAAAGAAGGUCAGCUGGCCGCUGGAACCUGUGAGAUUGUGACCCUAGACCGGGACAGCAGUCAGCCACGGAGGACAAUCGCCCGGCAGACGGCGCGCUGUGCAUGCAGAAAGGGGCAGAUCGCAGGCACCACGAGAGCCCGGCCUGCUUGUGUGGACGGUCUCCUGACAAUCGCAGCCCCUGCGGUGCCCCCUGGGAGUGGCCGUGGCUCCCUGGAGAUUCUACACCUCAGCCACCGUCCUCCAUGCUGUGUGGACACCGCCCAUUCUCCUCCUCCUUCAUCCACCCACUGUUCCCCAGCAGCCUAACAAGGACAGCCCAGUUCCGCGGAGCUCUGAGCUCAAGUCUGUCCAACUGAACCCAGGAGGCCGGGACUCAGAUGCACAUGUCAGGGGUGGUGCCAGGAAUCAGCAAUACCUGGUGUGUGGAGCCUGGCUGCACCCAUCUUCACUAGCCACUUGCUCCCUGGAGUUGGAGGACAAGAACAAGAAUAAGGAGGCUGCGGCCCAGCCAGCUGAGCCACGACGCAAAGUCCGGGGACUGCCAGGUGCAGAAGCCACCACUUCCUCUGUCCCAGACUGUCUGAAUCGCUUUUAUUUUCUUAUACUUUCAGUAUACUCAAUAGACCAAAGAGCAAAUCUAUUUUAACGUGGACGCAUCCCUGCUGCCAAGAGUUCCCGGGUUUGAUUGUGGGGCGGGGGAGGGCACAGGGACAGACAUGCUGGUGGCCCAGGCAGCAUGGAGAGGGCAUCCGCGGCCAAGACCCUCGCCCCACGAACACUGCAGCGUGCCCUAGGAGGAUGGUUUUGCCCAGAAGGACACCACCGUGGUGCACCUGCAGGACCCAGCCGGGGCGUGGCCGGCGACGGCCCCCAGCGGACAGCAAGGGCCCCGGACACAGACCCUUUGCCCCUGUGCUUAGACCAACUCUAUCGUACUAAAAUCACUUUCUGUUUUAACCAGUUAGACAUGCCUCUUCCACAGCUCCAUUUUUGAUAGUUGGAUAAUCCACCAUUUGCCAAGAGCAUGCUGGGUCUCCCGUGACUGCUAUCUCAUCUGAUACACCAUUUAGCUCCAGAAAGCAAAUUAAAGAAAACUGAAGUAACCCUGUUUGAAAGAGAUCAUUAAAUGUAUUUUGCAAAAGCCUAAAGUUAUAUAUUUAACAGUUUUUAUAUGUUGUAUAUUUGUAGAAAAUCCUAUUUAACAUUUGACGGCAGGUCUGACCAUCCCGAGAGUUGUGCCCCCUGUGACCCUGAAGACUCUGGGGUGGCCAUGGAAGACCUCAGUGCAGGCAUGGAGGGGCAGAGCUGUGGGUGAGGUGCAGAGGGCCCUGCCCAUUCUAGGAAGCUGUGUCUCUCUUUGCUUUGGUCUGGUCAGGUAGCUCACAUUCCCCUGUGAGUCUGUGUUGGUAAACAUUGUGUGUACAAUAUUUUGGUCCCUCUCUCUCCUAACCCCUUUUGCCAUCUGUAGAUCUUGAGUCCAUGUUCGGCCAAUUUGCCCUUCCUAAAUGAAUGCCCCCUCCCCUCAUUCUCAGAGGUCUCCACUUUCGGAGGCUGAGACAGUUGGGGUGAAGGGGGUGGAGGAGCUGGGGAACAGAGUCACUGUCCUUGGUUACCCUACACUGUGGGACCAGAGGCCAGCGAAUAAGGGACAGACAUGGUCCCUAUUUAUUUUCCUGAGUUCUGCUAAAAGUAUACUACCUACAUGUCCAAUUAACAUGACUAUCAUGCUAGUAAUAUGCUACUAAAGAAAAACGUAAAAGAAAAAAAAAGUAUUUAACUUCCAGUAUAUAGAUGCUGUUUCAGCAACCAUAGGCUAAAGAUAGGAAAGAAAGCCCAUUUCUGUGAGACCCAUUCCAGUAGCCACAUGUCACCCCCUUCACUUUUGCAUAGGGAUGAGCAUGCUGGGCAGUGAGAUGAGGCUGGCAUGAAGGAUUCUCAUCAGAGGAGGUGGUCAGGCAAGGCCGCUGUCCCCAUGGUGCCGGGCUCUGGUGGCCUGUGUUGCAGGGGGUCAGCAAAGCAGGAGGUCUUAUUUCACCACUGAAUCUCAACAUCGCACCACCUCCCUUUGGCUGUUUCUUUUGAAAGCUAGUGUAGACACCUCUGAGGGCAGAGACCGGGAGAAUUAAGAUGUCGCAGCAUAUUUCCCCCCUUGUUUUACAGUAUCCAAUUUUGUGUUGAUUCAGCUAAAUUAUGAAAAUAAAGAAAAAAAGUCCUUUGAUAA